AUGUUCGAUUACAAUCCUGGAAUGAUAAACGAAUUUGGAACGACACAAAAUUUAGCUUAUUUCGUUGCUAAUUUGGGUUUGAAAACAUUAAGAGAUUUACUAACGAAACAAAACAACGUUAUCAUAUCGCCAUUGAACAUAUAUUCCUGUUUAGAUUUGUUAAGUUUUGGAGCCGUUGGAAAAACUAAAGAAGAGCUUGAAAAUGUUUUAGGUCCGAAAAAUUCAAACGAAACACUUUCGAAUAUUUUAAUACCGACGACAAAUGGUACCACAUAUUACUCUUCAUCUGUUUUUCUGGAUGAUAAUUUUACUCCCAGACAAGAAUUUUUAAAUUUGAUAUCUGCUAAUUACGAUGCAUCCGUUAUAAAUGUAAACAUGACAAACGGUGAACAAACGAAAAAUUUAAUAAACAAAUGGGUUUCAGACAAAACAAACGGUACGAUAAAAAAUUUAAUACAACAAUCGAUAGAUCCAACAUCGAGAAUGAUUGUUGUCAGUGCUUUGUUAUUUAAAGGAAAAUGGUUGCAAUCUUUUUCACCCUCUGCUACAACCAAGGGUAAAUUUAUUGUUGAUGAAAAUACAUCGGUUAAUGUCGAUCUCAUGAAUUUAAUAGCAACGGUUCCAGUUGUUAAAAAUCCGUUACUCGACGCCAUAGGUUUACCAUAUAAAAAUCCUGGAAUGUACAUGUAUUUGAUUCUUCCAAAAGCACACGGUAUAAACAAUUUAAAAAAACUUCUUUCUCAUUUAAAUGUUAAUUCGUUGAAAAAAUUAAAAAGCGAAAGCGUUAACGAAGAAAUUAUAAUAAUAAUACCUAAAAUUAAAAUCGAUGUACAAUAUUCACUAACUAAACCAUUAAAUCAAGCUGGACUGUCCGCCAUAUUUAAUCCUUCUCAAGCGAAUUUUGCAAAUUUGGCGGUUAACGAUACGAAUUUGUUUUUAUCGGAAAUUUAUCACAGCGUUCAUUUUGAAAUGAAUGAAGAAGGUACGAUAGCAUCAGCAGCAACAGCAUCCGUUUUAACUAAAAGUAGUAAAUUUAUAUUUAAAGCAUCCAGACCUUUUAUUCUCGUUAUAACGGAUGAUAAAAAUUUAAUUUUGUUCAUGGGUGCCAUCAUUAAUCCGCACUAAAAAAAAAAAUAUUACCGUUAUUAUUAUUAUUAUUAUUAAGUGAUUGCGAUACUUAUUUAUUAUUUUUGUUUUAAUUUAAAUUAUUUUUCUCAAGAAUAAUCAUGGAAAAGAUAUCAAGGAUACGUUUGACGGCCAUUUUGAUUUUAUUAAAGGUAAAUAAAAAAACUUAAAUUUUUUCCAAAAAAAAAAUAUAAUUAAUUUUUUUUUUUUUACAUUAACUUAAUUAUUAUUAUUAUUAUUAUU